UAUUUUGAAGGAAAAGCUUAAACCCUAUCUGGCGUCCUGUUUUUCUGUCUCCCUCUUCCACCUUUGUCACUUGCCGGAACGCCCCCACUGCUCAUCUGUUGCAUCCUAACGCCGUCGCUCCAAACACUGUCUUUUGCCGCCGUCCCUUCAACUCUUGUUCACUCGCCAUUGAGCAAGAAUGAUGGCAUGGAGGAAUAUUGUCUCCAACCAUAGGUCUAUACUGCAACCAUACUCAGCUCCUUUAUUUGCUAGAUUCUUUUCUAAAUCUUCCCCAUAUAUCGUGAAGGUCGGGAUACCAGAAUUUUUAACUGGUAUUGGGCAUGGAGUUGAGUCACACGUGGCUAAACUUGAAUCAGAGAUUGGCGACUUCCAGAAGCUGCUUGUUACUCGCACACUUAAGCUGAAGAAACUUGGAAUUCCAUGCAAACAUAGGAAGCUGAUAUUGAAGUACACCCACAAGUACAGACUUGGACUAUGGAGACCUCGAUUUGAUUCCUUGAAGGCCUGAUGGUUUCAACUAUGUUUACUAGGCAAUGGGAUCGUUUUUUUUAAGAAAUAACUAGGCGAUGGAGUCGUUAGGUGAUCUUCAGUUUGUAAGACUUCGAGGAACAGUAUUUCAUUUACUAAAUCUAAAACGUAUCUUUAUUUUUCUGCUUUUGAAUUGUUUAUAUUCAUUUACAAACUAUUUAGGCGUUCAGUUCAUUUAAGACAUACAUGCAUGAAUCUUAAACUCAAGUGAACUGAGAGUUCAAAUUUAUAUCAACUCCAUGACAGGGAAAAACCAAUUCUGGUAA